CUCAUUUCAAAAGCAUACUGUUAUUCGGAAAUCCGCUUCAAAUAUGACACGUCGGGAUACUGCUGGUCUCUUUUGUACUUUCUAAUUCCCUCAGACAUGCAUAGAGUCUCUUUAAGGUCAAUUGGUCAGUGCCUGCGCGCCCAGAAGACUUCCUCACACACAUUACGAGGCUUGCAAAAUCCAUACCGUCAGUUCCAUGUUUCGGCUCCCUUGGCAGUGGUGAAGCCAUACCUGCUGGCAGAUAUUGGCGAAGGAAUUACGGAAUGCCAAAUCAUACAAUGGUUCGUCGAACCGGGCGCCACAGUCGAACAGUUUGACAAGAUCUGCGAAGUUCAAUCGGAUAAAGCGACAGUGGAGAUCACGUCGCGGUUCGAUGGAGUAAUCAAAAAGCGUUACUAUGAGGCCGACGAUAUGGCGAAGGUUGGAAAGCCACUCGUGGAUAUCGACAUCAAGGGAGAGCUCUCCCCAGAAGACGAAGCGCUCGUGAAAGACCCGGAACGACCGUCCAUCCGAAACGAAACAUCAGAACACAAGGGCACAACGAUAGAGGCUAGACUACUGUCUACAACAGAGACUGAAAGAGACAUAACCUCGUUCGACGAGUCUCGACCACUGAGCAAACAUGCCACUCUCGCCACGCCCGCUGUCCGCCACAUGAUCAAGGAGCGCAAUCUAGACAUCACACGAAUACAAGGCACAGGCAAAGACGGCCGCGUCCUAAAAGAAGACGUCCAAAAGCAUGCCGCAGGUUCCCACACCAAUACCACACCACCCUCCUACUCACUCUCCACCCCUCCAACCCCCCUCGCCGAAGACAAAACCCUCCCCCUCACAGCGGUCCAAUCCCAAAUGUUCAAAACAAUGACCCGCUCCCUCUCCAUCCCGCACUUCCUCUACACCGACACCGUCUCAUUCACAUCCCUCACCCCCCUCCGACGCAAACUCAACGCCACCAGACAAACAACAAACACCCCAACCCUCUCCUCCCUCCCCUUCAUCAUCAAAGCCGUCUCGCUCGCCCUCGAGGCCUACCCGCUCCUCAACGCCCACCUCGACACAACAAGCAACACUAGCAAGCCCCACCUCAUCCAAAAAGCAGCACACAACAUCGGCAUCGCCAUCGACUCGCCGGCGGGCCUCCUCGUCCCCGUGCUGCGGAACGUGCAGGCCCACACCAUCACCUCGCUUGCCGCCGAAAUACACCGACUCAGCUCGCUUGCCCGCGCCGGCAAGCUUAGCAGCGCCGACCUGACGGGCGCGACAUUCACAAUUAGUAAUAUUGGGAGUAUAGGAGGCACGGCGGUCGCGCCCGUGAUUGUGCCGCCGCAGGUGGGCAUACUGGGGAUUGGGCGAUCGAGGGUUGUCCCGGCGUUUGGGGAGAAUGGGGAGCUGGUUAGGAGGGAGGAGUGUGUUUUUAGCUGGAGUGCGGAUCAUCGGGUUAUUGAUGGGGCUAUGGCGGCGCGGUGUGCGGAGAUGGUGAGGGGGUAUCUGGAGGAUGUGGAGACUAUGUUGGUUAGGUUGAGGUGACAAUGGUGGAACGUUUUUGUGCUUGCUUCUCUUCGAGGUUGCGGUAGCAGGAUAUAUAUAUAUCUAGCCGCCGUGUCCGAUCAAGUCUUGAUU